CGGAAAUUCGCAAAUAGCUGCAUAUUGUUUCAAAAGCGCAUAUCGUUUGGUUCUAAUAAUGCAUUCAUUUACAAUGUUUCGGAUAAUAUUCUUGUUGUUUUUACAUUUUUUACACACGACUUCUACCUCUCAUUCCGUUAUUCUAAAGAAUGGAACUAUUAUGGGCAUGACUUUGAAAUCAAGCAGCGGGAGAAAUUUUUCAGCAUUUAGGGGAAUACCUUACGCCCUUCCUCCGAUUGGUCCCUGGCGAUUCGAGCCACCCCAACCCUCUCCAGCUUGGACCGAUAUUCGCUACACAAAAUUCGAUGGAAAAAAAUGUAUUCACCAAAACGUCUACUUUCGGAAAGAUUAUGUAAUUGGUCACGAGGACUGUCUCUAUUUAAAUGUUUAUACACCGAAGAUGAAUUAUGAGACUGUAGGGGCCAACCAUAAGUACCCAGUGAUGGUGUGGUUUCACGGUGGCUCCUGGUCUACUGGCUCCGGUCACUCAUUGCAUUAUGGACCAGAGUUUCUACUGAAUCAUGAUCUAGUGCUUCUCACAAUAAAUUUUAGAAUUGGUCCGUUCGGGUUCUUGAGCACAGGAGAUACGGUUAUUCCGGGUAAUAUGGGCCUGAAGGAUCAAGUUCACGCUUUAAAAUGGGUGCAAGAAAACAUAGAAGUUUUUGGAGGUGAUCCAAAAAAUGUUACAAUAUUUGGGAAUGGCGUGGGAGCCGCUAGUGUGCAUUACUUAAUGCUCAGCCCUUUGGCUAAAGGCCUUUUCCAUCGUGCCAUUUCCCAGAGUGGGACAGUGAAAAACCCCUGGUCAUUCAACACACAGAAAAUGGCCUCAAAAGUAACCAGAAAAUUUGCAAGGGAUCUAAAGUGUCCCGUUGGAGAUUCCGAAACGAUGUUGAAAUGUUUGCGAAAAAUAGAUGCUAAAAAAAUGGCGAGUGUCGAGGUGGAAUGGCCGUUAUUUGAUUUAGAUCCGAUAAUGCCAUUCAGACCAGUCGUUGAGCCUCCCCAUGCUGGUGCUUUCUUAACUCAAGAUCCCUUGGAAAUGGAAAAUCUCAAAAAUGGAUCUGAUGUACCAUGGAUGGUGGGAACUAAUUCGCACGAAGGAAUUUUCAGAGUUGGCUCCAUCUAUGGACAGACUAAGUCUGGAUUAAUAGAAGAAUUGAACACGAAAUUCCUUGAGUACGCACCAAUAACUCUAGCAUUUCAGAAUAACUGUCCAAAACCUGUGCAUGGAAAAGUCACUAAACUAAUCCGAUCAUUUUACGUGGGUGGUAAAAAUAAGAAGAUUGAUGAAACAACUAAACUCGCCGUCACGAAUAUGUAUUCGGACGCAUUAUUCAACGUUGCCAAUAACAAGGCAAUAGAGAAACAUUUUCAAAUGGCCUCCGCCCCAAUAUACCACUACCACUUGACGCACAGAAGUGAGAUUUCCUACAUGAAAUUCUACGGAGAUUAUAGAACUCCUUAUGGAGUAGCCCAUCAUGACGAAAUUCAGUACCUAUUCCCAGUUCACGACACAUUAUUUCCUGUUGCUUCUUUCACAGAUGACGAUAGAAAAAUGAUGGAAAUUAUUACAACAAUGUGGUUUAAUUUUGCAAAAACCGGAAAUCCUAUGGAGCCAGAAAAACCAUCAAUGGUGGAUGUCAAUUGGGAACCUGUGUCAAGUGAGCACCUCGAAUAUUUACUGAUUGGAGGUCCCAAAAAUCUAUCGAUGUCCAAGGAUCUGUUCAAAGAUAGAAUUACCUUCUGGGAGAAAUUACCAUGUCGAGCUGGAGUCGCUCCUUCACAAGUUUUUAUUUCAGUUCAAGAUGAAUUGUGAAAUAUUAAACAUUAGGAUGAAGGAGGAAAUGACAGGCGUGGAGGAGAGCAGAAUUCACAGAAAAUGAGAUGGUAUACAUAAUCCAUACUUGCAAUACUGCCAAAGUGGCACAGUUUUAUGUAACCGCAUGCAGCCAGUGCAUAAAGGCUAGUGUAAAGAACGUGAGAGAGGCAGAUCGUAAAAAUAUAAAUUGAAUUUCUCCCCACAAAGGCCAGUUUUGAUUUAUAGAAAUAUGAAAUAAUUUUCUUGUAACCCGAAAGGUCUUUUGACGAUUCUUCUCAAGUGUUAAGUUAAUUUUGUUGACGAAAAACCGAUGAACGUUACCAGUUACUGACAAAUAAAUACUGAUUUAAAAAUUGU